AUGUCAGCACCACCCGGUCGAUCGGCCACCGUCCACUCGCUCAGCGGGCGCGUCAAUGCGCUCAAGUUCAUGCAACGUGCCUCGCCCUCUUCCACCCCGACAAAGUCUUCCACCUCGACACUCCCUUCGACACCGGCGACACCGGGUUCGCCGUCCACAUCCGUCCCUGGAUCCCCGUCAAUAGGCGGCGAGGAGGAACAGUGGUCGCUUUCACCGGCUGCCAUCGCGAGGUUACGGGCCAAGGCACAAGGUCAGACGAAGAAGCCGGGACCGACCAUCGAGCAGGAGGCUGGCUUCGACGCUUGGUUGAUCACCAGAGAGAAAGAGGAGCAAUCAGGAGAGAGCACAGGGAAAUCAAGUUCACGGCAGACCUUCGGCAAGCUUGGAAAACAGAAGGAGGACGACGAAGAAGAUUCGAAGAAGCGAUCAAGAGGAACAGACGACGACGAAGGAGCAGAACCAGAUUUCGACGAGGACGAGAGCGAGGACGAGAAGCCGAGAGGUUUCGUCAAACCGGGGUCCCUCAGCAAGUCAAAUAAGGGCAAACGCAACGAGCAGCAGGAGCAAGCACCGUCACCGAGCUCGUCCAAGAAGGCGAGGAAGGACAAAGGCAAGGGAGGCAGGGAUCAGGACAAGGUGGUGUACGCUCGCAAACGCGGUGGCAAGCCAGGCAUUUCUGGCGGUGGUCGAUAG